AUGACGCUGCCAAAUGUAGAUUACUUACUUGUGCUGAUAUUCAAAAUGGAACAACAUACAUCAUUUGUACCACUAACAUGUAAACUUGUGUUUCACAAAAAUUAUUCAUUCAUCUACUAUCCGCAGAAUAAUUCUUUGAAAUUUAUUGACAUAGAAGAUGAUUAAUAAGCUUCUAAUUAUUGCAGACAAUAAACAAUUAUAAAAAGUAAUUAAUUUUAGUAUGUUUAUAGCAUAUUCCUGUAAAAUAUUCUCAUGUACUCUGCCAAAAGUAGUAUUGUGA